UUGUUUGUUAAGAGACUGACUCUGUCUAUUCCUUGAAGAUUUAUCACUUCAUUUGUUGUUGGAUUUUUUGUUCUUAUUUCUAGGAACUUCAUGUUACAGGAAUAGUGUUCAUCUUGGCUUUGCUGAACCAUUUUUGCUAAAAUGGGGGCUUUCUUUUCGUGUCCUUUGGCCAAAUACAUUGAUGCGAAAAAUGGGGUAGAAUCGGAUUCUAUUACUGUGAAAUUCAUCAAUUUUGGCGAUGAUGAAGUAAAAGCUCUUGAGCGAUCCUGCAGUUCCAAUAGUGGAGAUUUGAAGCCUACAAUAAUCAAAUCGUUGGAGAAGAUGAGUUCAAUGGAGACAACAGAUAUUCCUCUACGGGAGGAAGAGUUGGAUGUUCUUGCUAAUAGUCCAAAGAGCAAAGACAUGGUGAAUCAGUCUCCUACACCCCAGAGUCAUGAUGGGAUCCGAACAAUGACGGAUCUCGUUCCAACGAAUCUGGAGGACACAGCAGCAAUUGAAUUACAGAAAGUUUAUAAAAGCUUCAGAACCAGGAGAAGGCUGGCUGAUUGUGCAGUUCUUGCAGAGAAGAGUUGGUGGAAACUGUUGAAUUUUGCUGAUCUCAGGAGGAGUUCUAUAUCAUUUUUCGACAUCGAGAAACAAAAAACCGCCAUUUCGCGGUGGUCUCGAGCAAGAACCAGAGCUGCUAGAGUUGGAAAGGGUUUGUCUAAAAAUGACAAAGCUCAAAUGCUGGCUUUACAACACUGGCUUGAGGCUAUUGAUCCACGACAUCGUUAUGGCCAGAACCUACAGUUUUAUUAUGAUAAAUGGCUUCAUUCCCAGAGUGAACAACCCUUUUUCUAUUGGUUGGAUAUAGGAGAAGGGAAGGGAGUAGAUCUUGUUGAAGAAUGUCCCAGAGUGAAACUUCAACAGCAAUGCAUUAAGUAUUUGGGUCCAUUGGAAAGAACAGCCUAUGAAGUUGUUGUGGAGGAUGGGAAGUUCAUUUACAAGCAAUCUGGGGAACUACUUCACACGAUGAGAGUCGAUAAGCACGAGAAGUGGAUAUUUGUUCUCAGCACCUCUAAAGCCUUGUAUGUUGGAAAGAAAAUGAAGGGUAAGUUUCACCAUUCGAGUUUCUUGGCUGGAGGAGCCACACUGGCUGCUGGGAGAUUGGCUCUUGAAAAUGGCAUCCUACAGGCAGUUUGGCCUCAUAGUGGUCAUUACCGUCCCACGGAAGAAAACUUUCAUGAAUUUAUCUCCUUCCUUGCGGAAAACAAUGUUGAUCUCACUCAUGUGAAGAUGAGUCCACACGAUGAGGAAGAGAAUGAACUACAAAUGCAAAAGGGCAAUCUUCAUGUUCGAAAAGACUCAUCAGAGGAGGAUGGGAUUCAACAAUUGAGUGGUGAUUCAGAUGAUGCCGUUCCAGAGAUUGUUGCUGCAGAAACCAUUGGUGGAAAAUCAGAUUUUUCAGAGCAAGAAACACCGUCAACCAUCAAAACAUUCAAGCCAAGUGGGUCGAUGGAUUUGAGUAUAAAAUUAACCAAUCUUCACACAGCAGAAAAUCUAGAAAUGAGAUCUGUAAUAUCUGCUUCGGAGUUGGAUACCGAAGCUCGAGAGAAAAAUGUGUUGGAAGAGGAAAAUAGAAGUUGCGAGGUAGAGAUCAUUCCUGAUGAAUCAAUACUGAAAAGAAUAAACUCACAUAAAGAAACAAAAUCAUAUCAACUGGGAAGACAACUAUCUUGCAAAUGGACAACUGGUGCAGGGCCCCGAAUAGGGUGUGUUCGUGACUAUCCAGUUGAACUUCAGCACCGAGCAUUGGAGAAGGUGAGCUUGUAGCCAAGAAAGGCGACUACUCCGUCCCAAUUCCGAUGCUCGAGUCCAGUUGCCAGUAUCCAAGGCCCAAGGAUGUUCAGUCAAUUCAUAUGAUUCACCAAAGCUCUACCACAAUCUUCUUCACCUUUCUUCAAGGGAACAUCAGCAGCAACAUUGGUAAUGAGGAAGUGUACAUAAAUCUUUGUACUAAUGAGAAUUGACGAGAAACAUGAAGUAGACAUGAAAUUAUGCUUAGAAGCAGAUAGAGAUACACAUGUAUAUGGCUAGAAUUGGCCACUGAUUUUACAAUAUGUAUUGUUUCUUUACAUGGUAUUACAAUUUUGAGU